AUGGAUACACAAAAGAUUUCAAAGUACUGGUGUGUCGUACCAGGCUGUACGUCAGACGGACGUAAAAAGCGGAACCUGGAAAAGUAUCCAGCUAUGGAAGGAGUUGAUUUUUUCCCGUUUCCGACCCGUCUAAAGAACAACACAAUUAGAAAGAGGUGGAUCUCUCAGAUUAAUAGAGAGAAUUUUGAACCAAAACGACAUCAUCGGGUGUGCUCCAAUCAUUUUGUUGACGGAAGACCUACCGAGUGUAAUCCAGUCCCAACAUUGUUUCCAAGAAAUAAUUUCAUGCGCCCAUUGAAGGAGAGACCACAGAAUGCUGUUGAAAAAAGAAGCAACUUCACCUCUGUUCAACCUGAUAAAUUUCAAGAUAAUGAAACACUUGGGCUUGAACUCUUUAAUGCACCACCAGUUGCAGCAGAAGUUGUUGUAACUGCAGUUCUUGAAGGUGAAACAGCUCCUCAGGUUCAAUCCAGAAAGUUGCCAGGAAUAGCAGCUAAGUCCAGUGUCGUGAAUCAUGAUCAUUCAUACAUGUCCAAAGAAAAAAGCUUGGAUAGACCUGAACCUGUUGAAAUGUCCACACAAACGGAUCUUACAGGAGAAGACAUUGAACUCUUGCGGCGGCAGACCACAGAGAUGAAAGCAAAACUGGCUGACAAAGAAACAUUGAUACGAGACUGUUUCUUGGAAAAUGUCGUCAAGUCUGAUCAAUCAGUAAAACAUUACACAGGAUUACCAAGUAAACCUAUUUUGGAUGGAUUGUUUUCAUCAAUAGAAGCAGACAAAUGCAAACUCAAAUACUGGGCAGGGAAAAAAUCUGUUGGUGAAAUGAAAUAUGAAGAGGAAGGAAACAAACCAGGACCCAAACGGAAGCUCAGUCCCUACGAGGAAUUCAUUUUAACUCUUGUCAGAUUACGACUUGGAAUUGUAGGAUUUGUUCUUGCAGAUUUAUUUGGUGUUUCAAAGAGCAGAGUUUCACAAAUUUUUACCACCUGGAUAUCAUAUAUGCAUGAUGUUUUUAGUCCACUUACUAAAUGGCAGUCUAGAGAAAAAAAUAUCAAAUACAUGCCAAAAUCGUUCAAGAAAUCAUUUCCCAGGACUUGUGCUAUUAUAGACUGCACCGAAUUUUUUGUUCAGAGGCCAAAAACUCCUACUUCUUAA